AUGAACCCUCCUCCAGGAGGCGUGUUCGCUACCUCUUCUACUACAGUAUCAUUGGGAGGGUCGCUCCAGGUCGAGUCCCUCAACACCGAUCGUGAUGCCUGCGGGGAGUUUGGCAGCAACCGCGCCCUCCACGGAAACGGGGCUCGCCUCAUUGACCUGGGGGAACGUGAACAGACUGCACUAUCCUUUCGCAUGUACGACUUUUUGCAUACUGUUGUUGUGAGCAUUUGUUGGGAACCUGCUGUGGAAAUUAACAAAUGCCGCGUACGUUUAGUUUCAAUGGGCACCGCCGUCGCUACGGCCUACACUAUGGCGGGGGAGAAUGAGGAGGAUGGUUCGACAGUGUUCCGGCCAGGCACGGCGGCUUUGUCGCCGGUGCGCACUGUGGUGGCUUUAGCGUUGUGGCUUGGAGCCAUCCACUUCAAUCUGUUGCUUGUCUUGGCAUCCGUCUUCGUCUUCCCCGGACACAUCGCCGCCUUGGUACUAGGCACGCAGCUCUUCUUCAUGUUCGCUCCUGUGAGUAACACUAACGGAUGGGGGCGAAACGUCGCCAGGUUCAUAUGCAAACACGCGGUCGGCUACUUCCCCAUCACUUUGCAUGUGGAGGACUACGAUGCAUUUGAUCCCAAUACAGCUUACGUGUUUGGUUAUGAGCCGCACUGCGCUAUGCCCUUGGGCUUGUGGGUCCUUGCAGCCCCCAUGGGGUUUAUGCCUCUGCCGAAGAUGAAGAUCUUAGCGAGUAGCGCGGCAUUCUACACACCUUUCCAGCGGCAAAUAUGGACCUGGCUAGGGUUAGUUCCGGCAUCGAGAAAGAACUUCUCCUACUAUCUCGGAGCCGGCUAUAGUUGUGCCGUUGUGCCAGGAGGCCUGCGUGAGAUGCGAUAUAUGGAUCAUGAACCCGACUCAGAAGUUGCUUUCAUUAGAUCAAGAAAAGGAUUCGUAAGAAUAGCCAUUCAAACCGGUUGCCCUUUAGUCCCAGUGUUCUGCUUUGGACAAGAUCGUGUUUACAAUUGGUGGAGACCCGGAAGUAAUUUACUUGUUAAGAUUGUUGGAUUACUCAAAGCUCCCGCAAUUGUCUUCUGGGGUAAAUUCGGAACCUUCAUACCAUUUCGGUUGCCUAUGCAUGUGUUUGUUGGAAGACCUAUUGAAGUGACGAAAAAUAACCAACCUACAAUGGAUGAGAUAAAUGAAGUGCAUGAAAAAUUCGUGAUGGGUCUACAGGAGUUGUUCAACAAGCACAAGUAUAAAGCUGGAUGCCCUAACCUCCAACUACAAGUUAUAUGA